AUGGACAGAAUGGCUGCUGAUAUGGCAAUAGAGCUGGAAACAAAAUCGAUCACAAUGGUUUCUGUGUGGCCUGGGCUCGUUCAAACUGAGAAGCUCCAAGAUGGGGCCAUUCCAUUUGAGCGGUUGCAACCACGCCGUGGUCUUGCACCAGGCGUUCCGCAAGCAGAUUUCGGGGAGAUGUUCAACACUCCAUUGGCCGAAACACCAUUGUUUGUGGGGCGCACAUUGGCCGCACUAGCGCGUGAUCGCUCUAUGCUGCAGUUCAGUGGAAAGGUGCUUAUCCCUGCAGUGAUGGCUUCGGGCUAUGGGAUCGUAGAUGAGCGGGGGGUGCGCAGCCCUCCUUUUACUUCAGUGAAGUUCAUGGCAUCCUACCUCUUCAAGUCCUUCUUGCAGUACUAUGACCUUUGGAAGGUUCCGGAAGAGCUUUUUGCAAAACACCCACCAGUCUCAGAGAGCAUGAACUUCUACUGGAACAAGCUGCCGGACUUUACCUUUCCCAGCUUUCUUGUGAAGCUGACUGCUGGAGCUCCCAACCUGUAA